CAGUGAUUAAUGGGAUGCAAUAUGUUAUGUAUAGCAAUCAUACGCAAUGGUCGAAACAGUUCUACAGGCUGCCAUUCAUAAAAUAAACAAGACACGUAUAUCGUCUGAAUAGUGAAUUUACUGCUGGGAAAAGCGCACUUUAACGUUUGUGAAGUGUGUUAUAUCACUGAAAUCAAAAAGAAAAAAAAACGUUAGUAAAAACUAUUGAUGACGUUGAUGAAUAGUGCGCAUUAUUUAAACACGACAAUGAUCGAGGAUUAGGAGAUUAAAAAUAAUUUAAAGGUCUAUGGCCUUAAUCAGCUGACCGCCUGUGGAUGACAGCUGGCAUCUAGCUAUGUUCCACUUCCUGUUUCGAACACGAUAACUCAUUCAUUUCGCCGCUUGCGGACGUGGAUUUAAAAAAAGGGAGUUUACGUAUUAACGUCAAUAUUGCAACUAGUAAUUCGUGUUAUAAUAUCACGGAGAAUUUAAUCGAAAGAAAUAUGACAAAGCUUAUGGAAUGGGUUUUUGUGGCCACAGUAUUUUUCAGUAUAUGGACAGCUGCAAUCACUGGUAGUACCCAAUCGACACUCCUGAUUAAAUGGCGAACACCGAUACUAUACCUUCCCCUAAUAUUAAUCAUACUCUUUGGCGUAUAUGCUGCAAGUGUAGUUCUUUACCGAACUUUCACUUUCAACAAUUGUGAAGAAGCUGCUGUAGAACUCCAAAAGGAAAUAAAAGAAGCCAAAGCCGAUCUCCGUAGCAAAGGACUUGUCCUUAAAGAAGAUUAAAGCUCAAAUCUAAGUAUCUCAUGUCUCGUCACUUAUGUGUGAAGCCUAUCAUCAUCCAGCAAUAUAAUCAUUAAUUUUUUGCAGCUCAUAAGACAAUAAGAUCUGUAAUUUCGUAAUCCAAUGUUUCAGUGGUGAUUUUCUG